AUGCCGGGCAUCAAAGACAUCCAAGUCUUUCAUAUCACCAACAUUACAUUCUUUUCGACUUUCUUUCAUCAAACAAAUCAGGCCAACAUGUAUUUCACCAAGGCUCUCAGUCUCCUUGCUACCAUUGGCACUCUUGCCUCUGCUGCUCCUACUGGUUCUAUGAACGUCACCCACCUCGACAACCUUCCCACUACCCACGGCUCUGCCAACACCAACGGCGCCAAUGGAGGUAGUGUCGACAUCCACAACAACAUGAAAGAUACCAUCUACUACUGGUCCGUCAGCCAAGAUGCCGGCUCCAUGAAGUCCCUUGAGCCUGGCGCCAGCUACACUGAGAGCUGGCGCACCAACCCCGACGGCGGUGGUAUCUCCAUCAAGAUGGCCAUGAAGCCUGAGCAAGUUGAUGUCCUCCAGUACGAAUACACUCUACAGGGAGAUACUAUCUUCUGGGAUCUUUCUCUCAUCGACAUGGGCACUGGCUCUAAGUUCACCGAGGUCGGCUUCGCUGUUACUUCUAACGAUUCGGGCUGCCCUUCUGCUACUUGUGCUCCUGGUGACACUGCCUGUGCUGAUGCUUAUCUUGUCUGGAACGAUGACCAUGCUACUCAUGGCUGCCCUGCUGGUACUCAGAUGACUUUGAACAUCGGUCCUGCUGCUUAA